UUGAUGGUCGACUAUCCUUUGACGCCGUUUCAUUUGCAGAUCCUGGAAAGAGCUGUCCAGUAUGGAGAGAUAACCCUGUGCUCUCCAUUCGAUAUCACUGCCCCUUUAGGGGAAUCAAUACUUGUGGUGCUGCCUAACUCCAGAUGGUAUCCUGUUUUAUUUCUCGGCGCAGCUUUGAUAGGAUGUCCUCUGUCAGGGAUCAAUCAGGACUCGACAGCUGGUUCUGAUGAAAUUCGCUAUUAUGCCAACCAGAGUGGAGCUAUAUUCGUGUUCUGUUCAGAAGAAAAAUAUCAUCAAUUCUCUGAUGCUGUUUUGUUGCCUCGCAAUUUGCCACUGUGGGAUUGUAAUCUUCCCAACUUAUUCGAGGGCAUACGCCAUGAACCUGAUGACACACUGCUAAUGCCAUUUUCGAGUGGUACUGGAGGGAAGCCUCGCUGUGUGUUGUUGACACAUCGUAACUACAGUGCAGCUACUGCCAUCCUGAAGAUGGCCUUAUUCGAUCAACUUGUUGUUGAGAGUCAGCGUAAGACGAUCGCUUUGCUUCCGUUCUAUCAUGCUUCAGGAUUCUGGGCACUACUUUACUGUCUUCUUGAAGGAUGCCAUUCGAUCAUUCUGGAAUCUUUUCAUCCGAUUUCUAUGCUGGAAAUUAUUCAUAAAUACAAGGUAGAUACUCUUAACGUCGUGCCAUCAAUUCUGUCAUUUUUGUGUCGUAUGAAGACUGACGGCUAUGAUUUGUCUUCCGUUCGCACAGUCCUUUGUGGAUCGAGCCCGUUGGGAAAAGAACUCUGUAGCUGCUUUCUUGAGAAAUUCCCUUCAGUCCAGAACUUGAUUCAAGGAUACGGUAUGACAGAAAUCGUGGUUUUGAGUCACAUCACCCCGCUUGGUCUCAUUGAUGAGAAGCAUCUUGGUAGCUGCGGCAAGUUGUUGCCAGGAUUCGAAGCUGAGGUGAGUGAGCUGUUUCUGAAAUCGCCAACGGUAAUGAGUGGAUACUACAUGGAUGGCUCAAAACUGGUGAGCCAUUUGAGUACCUUGCGAGACAUACUAUAUUACGAUGAGGAUGGUUACUACUAUGUUGUCGAUCGAGUAAAGGAUCUCAUAAAAGUCAACGGAAUGCAAGUUUCACCUUCUGAAUUGGAGGACGUUAUUCUAACGGAUCCUUGGGUUCGAGAAGUGGCAGUGAUCGGUACCGAACACCCAAAAUGUGGCCAGGUACCCAAGGCAUUUGUGGUGCUCGAGGAAGGUGUGAAUCAGGACGUUGCAAAAAACCGUAUCAUUUCACUAGUCAAAGGUCUGUGGUUGAUUUUUUCAAAGAGGUUUUAUGUCAGUAUUUAUUAUUAUUAUUGUUAUUAG